CGAAAAACCGAAGCCGCUCAUCAAAAAUGGUUGCAAAGCGGUGCGGUGCGGUUGUUUUCAGUUUACGCGAAAAUUUCAAUUUCAUUGCGAAUUACAUCGGAAAAGUGUUCAAUCGUUCGUUCAACUAGUGCAUUAAUUACUUUCGUGCCGGUUACGCUAAAAUUUGACGGGUAUUCUGUCGUUAAUGAAGUGAUAUUUUGGUGUUUGCGAAUUGCACGCAAUUUUUUUUUUCUGUCUGCCGUGAAGCAAUAAAAAAAAAGUCUGAUACACAAAUGAAAAUGUGGCACGAGGCACGUAAACAGGAGAAGAAGAUCCGCGGGAUGCUGGUCGAUUACCGGAAGCGGGCCGAGAGGCGGCAGGAUUUCUACGAGAGAAUAAAAGCCGACCCGACGCAGUUUCUUCAAGUUCACGGUCGCAAAUGCAAGAUCCACCUGGAGGCGAGCGUAGCGGCAGCUGCCGAGAAUCCGGCCAUCAUGAUGCCGUGGCAAGGUCAAAAGGACAAUUUGAUCGAUCGGUUUGAUGUGCGGGCCCAUCUGGAUUACAUUCCGGCGCUGCCAACGGCCAAACCGGAUCAACCGGCGGAAGACGACGUGCUGGACAUGGAGGAACGUUCCAUGAACUACGAACGGUAUCGCGUUCUCGCACAGAACGAGUUUCUCGGAAUAAGCGAGGACAAAUUCCUGCAUCAGUUGCAUCUGGAAGAACAGUUUGGCGUUAAUGCACAAGUAGAGGCCGAACAAAAAGCUUCGUCCUCGAAAAAGAAGCCAUCCGGCGGAGUAGCCAUAGGAUACACCUAUGAAGACACGGAUACGUCCGGUGUCGUACCUUUCAGCCAAACAAUCACAGCCAUUGAGCAAUCAACCGCCACUUCGAAGUAUGACGAAUGCAUGAAGAGCGACUCGGAUUCGGAUCUCGAUAUGGACGUAUCGAUUGACAUUAACAAAGUGGGAAAUGCCCAGGCCCACGAGAUGAAUGCAUGCGGAAGGCAUUACGGAAUGAAGAGUAACGACUUCUAUUCCUAUCUCACGAAAGAUUCCGAUGAGGCGGAAGCGUUGAAGAUGGCACGCGAGGAAGAGCAGGAAAAAAUAAUGUUCAGCGGGCGGAAAAGUCGACGGGAACGAAGGGCACAAAGGGAGAGGAAAUUUGCCGGAAGACCAACCAGUCCACCAAGUUAUGCUGCGAAGGAGGAACUUAUUCCGAGGACUUACGACGAUCCAAACGACAGCUCCCGGUCGCCGUCGCCGGUCAAUUCAGGGAAAAUCACUUACAUUACCUCAUUCGGCGGAGAAGAUGAACUCCAGCCUCACUCCAAGAUAUCCAUUAGUUUUAAGAAAGACAGUCAAGGUGAAGCUAGUACCUCCAAAGGUGGCUCCUAUGCCCAAAAAGUAAAACAAAACCUAGAAAAACUGAAAAGUAUGAGCUCCAAAGAUGAAGAACAGAGAAAACCGGCCCAAUAUCAGAGACGAUCGAGAAGUUACAGCGAUCGUAGCAGGAGCCGCAGCAGAAGCACCUCAAGAACCUGGCGUCGGCGGAAAUCACGUAGUCGUUCCAGAGAGAAACGAACAUAUUCCAAGUACAAAAGACGUUCUCGAUCCGGAUCGCGCUCGCCCCGAUCCAGAGGACACCGGAGUGAUCGCCGACGAAAACAAACUCGUUCAUCUUCACCGUCGUCUUCUCCACCAGCACGCAAAACAACCCGGAAACCUUCCAGCUCGGAUUCCGAUUCCUCCAGAAGCAGUCCAAACCGAUCCAAAGCAGUUCCGCCUGUUCAACUAGAACGCAAACCACAAAUCAAAACAGAGCCACCGGAAAAACCUCCGCCUGCCAUAGUUCCACCGGUUUCUGCUCCUCCUCUGCCUCCGGAACCAGCCACCGUCGCCUUGUCCCAGGAACCACCCGUAGUGGUUAAGAAAGAGGAAACCUCCCCCAAAGCGCCAGUUUUGAUUGAACCGGAACCGGAGGUACCCAUUCGACGGUACUAUGGCCGGAAACGGGACGGCCAAAGUUCCAGCGACAGUGACUUAUCGAGCGGCAGCUCCGAUGAUGAAGACCAGCAGCAGAGGAAAAGUGGCGAUCCGACGGCGACGGAAUCGUCUAGCAAUGUACAAACGACGGAUACGACACCGGGUAGUUUACUCCCCGGAGGAAUUACCAUCAAGCAGGAAAAGCUCGAAAGUGGCCCUAGUGCUGCUGCUUCCACAUCCUCGUCGUCAUCAAGGUUUGGUGGUGGAGGUGGUAGUUCAGAGAUCGGCCCAUCUGAGUCCAAAGCAGCGUGUUCGUCUUCUGUCGUUGCAUCAAAGUCUCUUAAUCCAAGAGACAGACUGAAGCGCAAGAUGCAAAUUCUACUGAACAAGCAAUUUAAAGCGGAUAAAAAGGCUGAAAUCGAAAAGGUCGAGCGACAAAUACAACUACAGCAGGAACGUGAGGAUGAAAUGCGAGAGUUGGCCCUCAAGUUGCGCAGACGGCAACGAGAACUACGUCACAAAUACGGUUCACCAGAAAGUGAAAAGAGUCCUUCUAAGUCUGCAGACAGCUCUGAUGACGAAAAAGGCAAGGAGCCUCGAUUACCACCGGCUAAGGAACCGUCUCCGCCACCAAAACCUAUUCCGCCAUCGUCAUCAACGUCGUCAGGAUUCAGCACAAGUGCCGUGAUCGAGCGAAAACCCAUGCUUCGGAGAUUUGCCCAAGCAGAGGCUUCGAGAUCUCCGAGUAUUACUCGAUCCAUGAGACGGCGUUCUCGAAGCCGUAGUCGAUCUAAUGCCGGGAGCCGUAGUACGGCUGCCCCUAGCACUAGCAGGCGAUAUGACGAUCGCCCUAGGCGACACAGUCCUGCUCCAGUCACCAGGUCGCGAUAUCGCUCGCGAUCGAGGUCUCAGGAAAGGUUUCGGGACCGUGACCGGGAUCGUGAUCGGGACCGCGAUCGCGAUCGGGGUCGUUACGGUGCCAAACCUUCCCGGGACUAUGCACGUGGCGAGGGCAGUCGAUACUAUCGACGCAGAUCGCGAUCGGCUUCGCGGGAACGCCGCCGAUCACGCUCUCGAACGCGAAGGUCGAGGUCCAAAUCAAGAAGCAAAACUAGUGCCGGUAACAACCGCAGGAAUAGAUCGCCUAAGGUAGUGAAAAAGUUGGUUGACUAUUGAGAUACGAAAUAGUGGUUUCCUGUCGUUCAUUUAUUCUGUACACCAUUUCCAAACACGUACCGUUUUCUAUUGCCAUAUAAUCAGAACGUUUCAAUCGUUUAAAGCUACUACUUGUUGAAAACUUUUUAGCAUCGUGUAUUGCAUAAUAUAUCAAAAAUUUAGUGCACGCGGGGUUUCGUAAGUGAUACGGCUAAUGUGCGAAAAUAUAUCUGCAUUAUUUUUCAGGAAAA